GCGGUGCGUGUUGCCCGUCGAUCGUCUCGUCCCGUCGCGCUUUUCCCGCCGUCCGCGUUGCCCGCCGCCGUCGUGCCGUCCGCAUCGAUCCCCGCUGACCGCGCGAGCCGUCAACAGGUGCCCGCGGCGAGGACCGAGGCCCGAGCUUUACGGAUUGGUUAACCCCUAAUUCGACAGGAAGUCUCAUAAACUUCUGGUUACGGCAGUGAAACGACUUGAAACUUUCUUCAUUCUCCUAAAACUCGAACUUUCUCUUUUCGAGUGAUACUUGUUUAAACUUGGCCUCGCUUCAAGGACAGUGAGAAAAAUUUUGCCCUCUCAAUUCACGCAUGAAAUUGAUUGUUGAGGAGGUAUACCUGAACGUUACGAAAACCAGACCGCGUGGUGAAAUAAUCAGUUUUUAGUGCAAAGACGAUGCCAAGCAAGAAGCAAAGAAGACGAAUCUCGAAAUUAUUGAUGCCCGGGAGUUUGAUCGACGUUUAGUUCCUGCGUUCGAAGAAGUUUAUCCUGCGUUCGUAACUCUAUGGAGCGUCAUGUACUGUGAUUCAUUUUGGAGCCGUUACAAUGCAAUCCCGACCACAAAAUAGCAGAUAAUAUCGGCCCGAAGCCCCCGGCCAGCGGCAUGGACGCCGGCGCGGGUGGAGGGGCGGCAGGGGGCGUGGCCGGGGGUGGAGUCGGGGGCGGGAAGAUGACCCGCGGCGGGGUCCACCUGUCGGCGACGCUGGCGUUCCUCCUGACGACGGCGUUCGUGGCGAUGCUCAUCGUGAGCUCCCUGCUGGCCGCCCGGCUCCUGAGCCGGCUCCCGGGGCCGGAACCGUCGGGCGCGGGGCGGGACCCCGACGAGACGGCCCUCCUCCGGCAGCUGGACGCCCUCGCCGCGCCGCACAAGCCCCGCCUCGACGUCCGCCUCCCCGCCUCGGUCCGCCCCUCCGCCUACGACAUCCGCCUCCUCCCGUUCAUCCACCGCCGCGACUUCACGUUCCACGGCGACGUCGUCAUCACGCUCGACGUCAAGCUGGCGACGAGGAACUUCACGCUGCACGCCGUCAACCUGAGCGUGGAGCGCUACCGCGUCACGCAGCUCCCGCCCCCGCACGCCGCCGACCAGGCCGAGGAAGAGGUCGACGUGGAGAGCAUGAGCCUGGACCCCGAGCGGCAGUUCCUCGUCUUCCGCUUCGCCCACCUCCUCCUCUCCGGGACCCGCUACCGCCUCUUCAUCUCCUACGUCGGGCACAUCAACGACGAGCUCGUCGGCUUCUACCGCAGCUCCUACACCGUCGACGAGCAAGUCAGGUGGUUGGCGGCGACGCAGUUCCAGGCGACGGAGGCCCGCCGCGCCUUCCCGUGCUUCGACGAGCCGGCCAUGAAAGCCCGCUUCACGAUCCACAUCGGCCGACACCGGAACAUGACCUCCAUCUCCAACAUGCCCAGAAUCAGCACCACUCCGGACGUGGAGGGCCUGCCGGACUACGUGUGGGACCACUACCAGGAGUCGGUGCCGAUGUCGACCUACCUGGUGGCGUUCGUGGUCUCGGACUUCGCGAGCAUGUCGACGAACGAGGAGCAGCAGGGGAACGGGACCCGCUUCAAGGUGUGGGCCCGGAAGGCGGCCCUCGCCCAGGCCCACUACAGCCUCGAGAUCGGGCCCCGCAUCCUCGAGUACUUCGAGGAGUACUUCGGCAUCAAGUACCCCCUCCCCAAGAUCGACAUGAUCGCCCUCCCCGACUUCCAGGCCGGCGCCAUGGAGAACUGGGGACUCAUCACCUACCGGGAAACAGCGAUGCUCUACCAGCAGGAGACCUCUUCCAUGAGCCAGAAGGAGAGGGUGGUGACCGUGGUGGCCCACGAGCUGGCCCACCAAUGGUUCGGCAACCUGGUCACGCUGGAGUGGUGGUCUGAUCUAUGGCUCAACGAGGGGUUCGCCAGCUACGUCGAGUACAUCGGCAUGGACUCGGUGGAGCCGAAAUGGCAUGUAAUGGAGCAACUGGUCACGAAUGAGCUGCACUUGGUGCUUACCUUGGACUCUCUCCAGUCCUCGCAUCCUGUAUACACUCCUGUCUCUCACCCGGACGAAAUUUCGGAGAUUUUCGACAGGAUCUCGUACGGAAAAGGAGCCUGCCUCAUUCGCAUGAUGGAUCAUUUCCUUACAACACCGGUCUUCAAAAAGGGGCUGAACCACUACCUUCUUGAAAAGAGCUAUCAGAACGCGAACCAGAACGACCUGUGGCACUCGCUGACUCUGUUCGCGCACCAGGAUGGGAUCCUGGAGAAGAGUGAAACUGUGAAGCAGAUCAUGGACACGUGGACCCUUCAAACGGGGUACCCGCUCGUCACGGUCAUCCGCAACUACGAGGACGGAUCAGCCACCGUGACCCAAAAACGGUUCUACCUGUACCCGGAGAACAUCCAGAGAGGAGACCGGAUAGGCGGCUGGUGGAUCCCGAUCACGUACACGACGGCCGGGCUCCUGGAUUUCGAGAGCACGCGCCCCGACCUCUGGCUCAAAGCCGAGCACGGCAAAGUCCUCGCCUCCGUCAACGCCACCGCCCAGGAGUGGGUCCUCUUCAACGUCCAGCAAACAGGAAUUUACAGGGUCAACUACGAUCCCGAAAAUUGGCGAUUGCUGAUAGACUAUCUGCAAAACCCAAAAACUUACACACUCAUCGCGCCGAUCAACAGGGCUCAGCUGGUCAACGACGCGAUGAACCUGGCGCGCUCCGGGCUCCUGGACUACUCGAUCGCCCUCAACGUGACGACCUACCUGGAACACGAGCUCGACUACAGCCCGUGGAAAGCCGCCUUCUCCAGCUUCGACUUCCUCGACAUCAUGCUCGCCAAGAGCGGACACUACUACGAGUACAAAGAGUACCUGUGGCACCUGAUGUCUGGGCUCUACGAUUCGGUCGGCUUCACAGAUCCGCACGGGGACGAACUCCUGACGGUCUACAAGCGGAACGAGGUGCUCCAUCACGCCUGCAACAUAGGCCACAAGGAUUGCAUCGACAACGCCAUCACCCUCUUCCAAAGCUGGAAACGGCUCGGCAGCCAGCAGAUGAACCCAAUCUCGGCUAAUCUUCGUGGAGUCGUUUACUGCAACGCAAUCAAAGUCGGAGGAGAAUCAGAUUGGCAGUUUUUAUGGGAAAAAUACCUAAAAAGCAAUGUUGGAUCAGAGAAAGACCUCAUUCUAGCAGCUUUGGGUUGUUCUCGGGAGCCCUGGAUUCUAAGCAGGUAUUUAGAAUGGUCCAUGAACGAAACUUCAGGCGUGAGGAAGCAAGACGCCUCACGCGUUUUCGGAGCGGUGGCCAGCACCCCUAUCGGUCAACCCUUGGCCUUUAAUUUCGUCCGAAACCAAUGGUCUCGCAUCGUCGAAUAUUUGGGAUCGCAGUCGUCCAUGCUCAGCGGAAUCAUAAAAUCAAGCGUCACCGGAAUGAACACGGAGUACGAAGCUCGUGAUCUGCAAAAUUUCGUGGCCAAGCAUCACAAAGAGAUGGGGGCGGCCUACAGAGCAGCGUUCCAGGCACUCGAAAAGACGCGAGCCAAUAUGAAGUGGAUGAAGCAGAAUUACAAGCAAAUCGUCCAGUGGUUGAAGUCGGCCUUGGUUCAAAUCAGGAGUCGGAAGAAGGCCCCGACCUCUCUAGCUCUCCACGCCGGAUUGCAGUUGUAGUGUCGACCAGCCAUCUACUUUUCCUGAACUGUAUUCACGAUGUUGUCCAGACCCAUGUGACAUCUCUUUGCCGUGCAGUAAUUUUUCAUUCACUGG